UAAGAAAAAAAAUGACAUAAGGAAGUAAGUCUCCUUUGGAAUCCCGGGAAAAUUCUCAUGCGCGUGCCGCGUUUGACGUGUGCUGUUGGUUUGUUGUGGAACUGUUCCGAGCCGAAGUAAAGCCGGACUGCAGCAGGCAGUUUGAACGGUUAGUGCACGCGAUUUGUCGUUAAAGCCGAAUUAAAGAGCGAACCAUCAGAAGGUGAAGGAUGUCUCAAACUUGUUUCUAUGUUGCUGUUUGCACUCACGAGCCAAGUGUUGUUAAAGCGACAUGUCUGAAGAGAUUCCAUCCGUGGGAGAACCGUCUCAGUCCCCAUCCCAGUCCACUCUGUCCCCAUCCCAGACCAGGACCCAGUCUCAGACUGGUUCUAGUUCCUCCAGCGGGCCGACCUCAGGAAGCCAGUCGUCCAGUGGCUCAGGGACUCUGAGUAGUGUGGACACCAUCCCUGUCACCCUGCCAUCUGUCCCUGAGGAGCCAGAACCACAACCCUGGGGUCGCCUGCUGCCUAUGGCCCGAGGCUUCAGGAGCCAUGACUGCAUAGAGGACCAGUACCUGUUUGGACGGGACUCCAGGUGUAACUACGUCCUGGAUGAUCCUGAUGAAAGAGGAUCCACAAAGUUCCGGAUCUACAGCAAGAAGCACUUCAGGAUUUACAAAGAGGACUCUGAAGUCUUCGUGGAGGACUACAGUAACAAUGGGACCUUUGUAGACGGGGUUCUGGUUGGGAAAGGAAAAAAACUUCCGCUGGUCAGCAACGCUGUCCUGGCUCUGGCUGAGCCGAAGAAUAAAGUGUUUGUGUACUUAGAUCUAAUGUCGGAUGAUCAGUCCGCUCUCCCUGAAGGCCUGAGGGAAAAAUACAUUCUGACUCGGCGAAUUGGCACAGGAGUGUGCGGUGAGGUGCGUCUGGCCUUUGAGCGAUCCUCCUGCAGGAAGUUUGCAGUGAAGAUCAUUAACAAGAAGAACUUUUCCUCUGAGAUGACAGCGACCCGCAAUGCAAAGACAGAAAUCGAGAUUCUGCAGAGGAUCGACCACCCUUGUCUCAUAAAGACAGAGGACUUCUAUCAGACGGAGGACAGUUACUACAUCGUCCUGGAGAUGAUGGAGGGCGGAGAACUCUUUAACAGAGUGAAGUUGAAGCAACAGUUGAAUGAAGCAGUUGCAAAACUGUAUUUUUAUCAGAUGCUUCGGGCUGUCCAGUACCUACACAGGAGGGGGAUUAUACACAGGGACCUGAAGCCAGAGAACAUCCUGCUGUCCUCCAAUGAGGACACGUGUCUGAUAAAGGUAACAGACUUCAACCAGUCACGCAUCCUGGAGGAGGCGGUGCUGAUGAGGACUCUGUGUGGGACUCCAUCUUACCUGGCUCCUGAAGUCUUCACCCACGCCUCCACCACUGGCUAUGGCCUGGCCGUGGACUCCUGGAGCCUCGGCGUGCUGCUCUUUGUCUGUCUGAGUGGUUACGCUCCGUUCCACGAACAGUUCAGUGAGCAUUCGGUCACCGAGCAGAUCAUCCGAGGAGAGUUCACCAUGGUUCCAUCCAAGUGGAGACAUGUUUCUGAUGAAGCCAAAGACAUGGUGAGGAAGCUGCUAGUAGUUGAUCCCACCAAGAGGAUGACCAUCGAAGAAGCUCUGCAGCACCCCUGGUUACAGGAUCAGGAGAUGUUGAGGACCGCUCACAGGCUCAUGUACCCAUCAGGAGGAGAUGCUGGCCCUGGUCCUGACCCAGCUCCCGUUCCCAUGCAGGAGGCAAAGCCAGCAGCAGGAGAAACCAGAGGCAAGAAACGAGGAAGAGAAGAUGAGGAUGAUGAAGCACAACCUGCUAAGCGGAGCGAAGCCCCGCCCCCUGUUUCUGUGUAGAAGUGAAGCUGUGUAAAUAUGUUUAUUUUUGUAUUAAAGCUGAGCCGUUUUCUAAUGA